AUGGCGCCUGCAGAGAAUUCUCCUCUGUUGCCCCAGCAUCAGAACUCGGCUUCCAAUACGUCACCACGAACAAACCGGACGCCGCGCUCGGUAUCCUUCAACCCGCUCACGCAGAUUAGCACUUAUGGGGGUACUGCCUCUACUUCCGAUUCUACAUUUCGACCUUUGCAAACCGGUUCACCUCCCGUGCAGAAUGUCAAUACCCAGGGUGGCCAGGCCCGUCCGAGCAGCCAGCCCAUGCUAUCAGCGUUGAACAGCAAGCUUCGUCGUCGUAAUAGUCAUGGAGCUCCCUUCAAUGCCAACUCGAAUCCCGUGCAUGUGGCAUCCAAGAUUGGGCCACAGCGAACGACAAAGAAAGCGCAAAAAUUAAAACUGCUGCCGGACCCUGUGACGGAAGAGGAAGAAGGGUCUGAUGGAGAUUUCCCACGGGAUGUCUAUUCGCAAAUCACUCGCAUCAAGGAUCCUGCUGCACGAAGCCAUGCUGCAAGACUGGGAAAAGCUGAUCGCGAUCGUAUACCCCGAGUGACGGCUUACUGCACGGCCAAUUCGUAUCGACUCGAGGGCGUUAUCAAGUUCCUCAAGUCGCGGAGCAAAACUCGCGGAGCUAACCCAAAGCUGUACGAUGAGUGUGUCUACUCGCCUUUUGAUUAUCAAUACGAAGAAAAGCAGAACGGGGUUCGGUUAUUUCAAGACCAUAAUGGUAAUGGGCACCAUGAGAGGAGACCCAGUGAAAGGAGAUACUCGGACAGCGCAGUGGAGGUUGAAGACAAUAAGAAGACCAGAAGAGAUGAUUUGAUUGAUCUGCACGAUGAGGGCAGUCAUUCAAAUGAGAAUGAACAACCAGUCGUCAAAGACACCCCCGAUAUCGACACCACAAUUCACACUCCUGAGGUUUUCCUCUUCGACUACGGAACAGUCGUAAUAUGGGGCAUGUCACCCGCGCAAGAAUCAAGAUUCCUAUCCGAUAUCUCCAAAUUUGCCACCUCCAUACUGAGUCCCGAUGACACGCAGAUUGAGAAUUUCAAUUUCUACUAUGCGCGCGAGUACCAGGCCAGGAUCUACAACGAUUUCAUCUCGCUUCGCGACCCACGCAACCACAUGGUCAAGUUGGCGAUUUCUCAUGCUCUAGCACAGUCAGUCAAGACCUCGCUUUUCGAGGAUCUUGUUUCAGAAACAAUCACCGACACUGCUCCCUUACCUGCCCAGAUCGCGCAAACUGGUAGCGUCAACCUCACUCGCCGACAGAUCAACAUGCAGAUCGGAGAACUCUUCAUUCUCCGCAUCAACAUUCACUUGCAGGGAUCUGUUCUCGAUAGCCCAGAGCUCUUCUGGGCAGAGCCGCAGUUGGAGCCUGUCUACCAGGCCGUCCGGAGUUACCUGGAGAUGGACCAGCGUGUCGGUCUGUUGACGGAGCGAUUGGACGUCAUUGCGGAUCUUCUUGCAGUCCUAAAAGAUCAAUUGACACAUCGUCAUGGCGAGUACCUCGAGUGGAUUGUCAUCGUCUUGAUCGCCGCAGAAAUUCUCGUAGCUGCCAUCAAUAUUGUCGUUGAUCUCUAUGCUGGAGUUGAUUAG